AUGAAAAAAUCGAAGGACGACUUUAUUUACACAAUUGAAGACGACCAGGAUGUCGUAGACUGUGAUUCAGAAAAGGCAAGUGAACUUAAUCCUUCCUUUUCGUUCGGUGACGAAGAUGUGACCAAGAUAAAAGAUAUCGGCUGGAGUUUCGGCUCAACCAGUGUACCAGAAACAGAUACUCUUGAUGAGAUCAUUAAAAGACAUGGCGGACUUGCUAAAGACCAGAGUCUCAAUGAGAGAGAUGAUAACGAAAAUGAUGCCGAGGAUUUUUCGGACAGCGAUGAAGAGGGUGAUAAGAGCGACGCCAGUGAGGAGGGUGAACAACAGCCAAAUAACACAUCUGCAAAUGAAACAACAGAGGAUACCAUCCACAGCGAGAAUAAUGGAUUCUUUGAAGAUGCAAAAACGGACAACACUACAUACAAAUCAUUUGCGCAUCUCUCACUCUCGCGACCCAUUCAAAAAGGUAUUGCCAACGUAGGCUAUAGCCAGCCCACUCCAAUCCAGUCAUCUGUGAUUCCCGUGGCACUUCUGGGUAAAGAUAUCGUUGCCGGAGCAGUAACAGGGUCAGGUAAAACCGCAGCAUACAUGAUACCAACACUUGAGCGACUGGUCUACCGUCCACAGAAAGUGGCAUCAACGCGGGUAGUGAUUCUGACACCCACGCGAGAACUAGCACUUCAAGUUCAUGAUGUAGGCAGGAAGUUGGGAGCAUUUGUAUCUAACCUGAGAUUUGGAUUGGCUGUCGGUGGUCUGAAUCUGAGAACUCAAGAACAGGACUUGAAAACUCGACCAGAUGUUGUAGUUGCCACGCCGGGCCGAUUCAUCGAUCAUGUACGAAACUCACCUAGCUUUUCGGUGGACAGUGUGGAAAUUCUGAUCGUUGAUGAGGCAGAUCGUAUGCUAGAGGAAGGAUUCGAAGCAGAGUUAAACGAGAUCCUUUCUCUUAUUCCGACUAAGCGACAGACUCUAUUGUUUUCAGCAACAAUGAACAGUAGCAUCAAAUCCUUGAUCAAGCUCUCACUCCACAAGCCUGUUCGUAUCAUGAUUGAUCCACCGAAACAAGCAGCGACUGGUCUCACACAGGAGUUCGUUCGUAUCCGAAAGCACGAGGAGUCACGGCCAGCCAUUCUGGUAUCUUUAUUGCGCAAAAUUAGCCGAAAUCAGCGUGUUAUUGUAUUCGUGGCAAGGAAGCAGAUGUGCCAUCAUCUGCGUAUUGUAAUGGGACUUAUGGGCAUCCGCGUAGGAGAGCUGCAUGGUGCUUUGACACAAGAACAGCGACUUGAGUCGAUCACGGCGUUCAAGAAUCUUCAAGUACCUAUUCUGCUAUGUACAGAUCUUGCUUCUCGUGGUUUAGAUAUCCCCAAGAUCGAGGUGGUUAUCAAUUAUGAACUUCCCUCUACUUACGAGGUAUACCUUCACCGUGUCGGUCGCACUGCUCGUGCGGGUCGUAACGGUACCUCGAUUUCUCUAGUUGGUGACUCGUCCAGCGAGAGACAGGUUGUUAGAUCUGCUAUUAACUCUGCAGCUGAGAUGUCGUCGAAAACUCAAAAGCAGAAAAUUCUUGGUCGAAAUAUCGAUUGGGCCGAGAUCGAGUCUAUCAAGUCUGACAUCGAUAGCAAGAAAGAAGUCGUCGACCAAGUCGUUGGAGAGGAGAAAACUGCCAAGGAACUUGCUUUAGCCGAGCGUGAUGUGCAAAAGGCUGUCAACAUUAUGCAACAUCAAAACGAGAUCAAAUCUCGACCGAAGCGUACUUGGUUCGAUGAUAAUUCGAGCAAGAGCAGCAAAAAACCAAAAUCAAAUCAUCAGAAGAAAAAAGCUGAGGUUGGCAAUGCCAGUUGGUCAUACAAAAAAACUAAGUCGGACCGAGGGGUCAACUCUAAGCGUGGCUCUCAGAGGGCAGUUGUGAAGUCUGGAGCUAAGAAAGCAAAGAAAAUGAUGUCAUCUAAAUAA